UCGUGUCACAAAUCUCUCUAUCUCCCGAGAAUGGAUAGCAGCAGCGGAUGGAGUCUUCGAGGCAUGACCGCUCUGGUCACCGGUGGAACCAAAGGGAUCGGGUCGGCGGUGGUGGAGGAACUGGCGGGGUUCGGGGCAAGAGUACACGCAUGUGCCAGAAACGAAUCUUUGCUUAACGAAUGCUUGCGUGAAUGGCAAACUAAAGGCCUCCAAGUAACUGGCUCUGUCUGCGAUGUGUCAUGUCGGUCCGAGAGACAGAAAUUGAUGCAGACGGUUUCCUCACUCUUCCGCGGCAAACUCAACCUUCUCAUAAACAACGUGGGCACAGUCUUACCAAAGCCGACUACAGAGUAUACAGCAGAAGAUUUCUCGUUUCUGAUGCGUACGAAUUUCGAGUCUUCUUACCACCUCUGUCAGCUCGCGUAUCCUCUGUUGAAGGCUUUGGGAUCCGGGAGCAUCGUGUUCAACUCCUCUAGCGGCGGAAUUGUAUCGUGUAUCCUUGGAUCCAUCUACGGUCCAACCAAAGGAGCCAUGAAUCAAUUAGCAAGGAACUUGGCGUGCGAAUGGGCAAGCGACAACAUAAGGGCUAACGCUGUCGCUCCAUAUUCCAUCUCAACUCCUUUGGCACAACCCUUUCUUGAAGAUGAGAAUGUGGAGAAGGCUUUGAUGUCGAGAACUCCGCUCGGCCGUGUCGGGGAGCCGGAGGAGGUUGCGUCGCUCGUCACGUUUCUGUGUCUUCCGGCAUCUUCUUACAUAACCGGUCAGACCAUCUGCGUCGACGGAGGUCUCACCGUCAAUGGCUUCUCCUAUCACCACUGAACCAAGAGAAUUCCAACAAUGGCCGAAGCCGACAAUAGUUGCAGAGACAAGAGGUGGAGUCUCCAAGGCAUGACUGCCCUUGUUA